CAAAUGCAAGCAUCGGACUCCACCCCGGUAUCUGCGAAUCGAGACACGGUGUGUAUGUCACAGAACUUUGCGAGCUUUUAAUUGCUGUGCUGUGUGAUUAAGAGACGCUUUCAAGUGUCCAGGGUGCCAAAUGUCGCCCAGCUUUAAGUUGGCGGAGGAAGUUGGGGGAAUCGCUUUGCUGGUUUGACUUGCGCUGGGAGGGGAAAUCUCUAAAAGGGACCAAUGCAUCCAAUCUCUAAAAUGCGCUUUAGAUUUGUUUUUGCACUCCUGAUGGUAUCUUUGGAUCACAGUGCGCUGAGCAAGAAUUUGAAAUACAGGAUUUAUGAGGAACAGAGAGUUGGAUCGGUCAUUGCGAGACUGUCCGAGGAUGUGGCUGAUGUUUUAUUGAAGCUGCCCAAUCCUUCUGCUGUUCGUUUUCGAGCCAUGCAAAGGGGGAACUCUCCACUGCUUAUAGUCAAUGAGAAUACCGGGGAAAUUAGCGUAGGGACGACCAUCGACCGGGAGCAGCUGUGCCAGAAAAACUUGAACUGUUCCAUCGAGUUCGAUGUGAUCACCCUGCCCACAGAGCAUCUGCAGCUCUUCCACAUCGAAGUCGAGGUGCUGGAUAUUAAUGACAAUUCCCCGCAGUUUUCGAGGGCUGUCAUCCCUAUCGAGAUAUCCGAGAGUGCGGCUGUAGGAACUCGCAUCCCUCUGGACAGCGCAUCUGAUCCUGAUGUCGGGGAAAAUUCCCUGCACACAUACUCCCUGUCUGCCAAUGAUUAUUUUAAUAUCGAGGUCCGGACCAGGACUGAUGGAGCCAAGUAUGCGGACCUUAUAGUGGUCAGAGAGUUGGAUCGGGAGCUCAAGUCCAGCUAUGAGCUUCAGCUCACCGCCUCGGACAUGGGAGUGCCCCAGAGGUCCGGCUCGUCCAUCCUGAAAAUAAGCAUUUCAGACUCCAAUGACAACAGCCCCGCUUUUGACCAGCAGUCUUAUGUAAUCCAACUCUUAGAAAACUCUCCUGUGGGCACUUUGCUCCUGGAUCUGAAUGCUACCGAUCCAGAUGAGGGCGCUAACGGGAAAAUUGUAUAUUCCUUCAGCAGUCACGUGUCUCCCAAAAUUAUAGAGACUUUCAAAAUUGAUUCAGAGAGCGGGCAUUUGACUCUUUUCAGGCAAGUGGAUUAUGAAAUUACCAAGUCUUAUGAGAUUGAUGUGCAAGGCCAAGACUUGGGUCCGAAUUCAAUUCCUGCUCACUGCAAAAUUAUAAUUAAGGUCGUAGAUGUCAAUGACAAUAAACCUGAGAUUAACAUCAACCUCAUGUCUCCUGGAAAAGAAGAGGUAUCUUAUAUUUUUGAAGGGGAUCCUAUUGAGACGUUUGUUGCUUUGGUUAGGGUUCAAGACAAGGAUUCUGGGCUGAAUGGAGAAAUAGUUUGUAAGCUUCAUGGACAUGGUCACUUUAAACUUCAGAAAACGUAUGAAAACAAUUAUUUAAUCUUGACCAAUACCACGCUGGACAGAGAAAAGAGAUCUGAAUAUAGUUUGACUAUAAUCGCUGAGGACAAGGGGACACCAAGUCUCUCUUCAGUAAAACAUUUUACUGUUCAAAUCAAUGAUAUAAAUGACAAUCCACCCCACUUCCAGAGAAGCCGGUAUGAAUUUGUAAUCUCAGAGAACAACUCACCAGGCGCAUAUAUCACCACUGUUACAGCUACAGAUCCUGAUCUUGGGGAAAACGGGCAGGUGACAUACACCAUUUUGGAGAGUUUUGUCUUGGGAAGUUCCAUCACCACCUAUGUAACCAUUGAUCCAUCUAAUGGAGCCAUCUAUGCUCUCAGAAUCUUUGAUCAUGAAGAAGUGAGUCAGAUCACUUUUGUGGUGGAAGCAAGAGAUGGUGGGAGUCCAAAGCAACUUGUGAGCAAUACCACAGUUGUGCUCACCAUCAUCGAUGAAAAUGACAACGUCCCUGUGGUUAUAGGGCCUGCACUGCACAAUAACACUGCAGAAAUCUCCAUCCCCAAAGGGGCCGAGAGUGGCUUUCAUGUCACAAGAAUAAGGGCGAUUGACAGAGACUCUGGGGUAAAUGCUGAACUCAGCUGCUUCAUAGUAGCCGGUAAUGAAGAAAACUUCUUUGUAAUUGAUCCACAAUCAUGUGACAUCCAUACCAAUGUGAGUAUGGAAUUCGUUCCCUACACAGAGUGGGAGCUCUCAGUUAUCAUCCAGGACAAAGGCACCCCUCAGCUGCAUACCAAAGUCCUUCUGAAGUGUGUGAUCUUUGAGUAUUCAGAAUCAGUGACAAGUACAGCAAUGACCUCAGUAAGCCAGGCUUCCUUGGAUGUCUCCAUGAUCAUAAUUAUUUCCUUGGGUGCAAUUUGUGCAGUGCUAUUGGUUAUUAUGGUGCUAUUUGCAACUAGGUGUAACCGAGAAAAGAAAGACACUCGAUCCUACAACUGCAGGGUAGCAGAAUCAACUUACCAGCACCACCCAAAAAGACCAUCGAGGCAGAUUCACAAAGGGGACAUCACAUUGGUGCCUACUAUAAAUGGCACUCUGCCCAUUAGAUCUCAUCACAGAUCAUCUCCAUCUUCAUCUCCUACCUUAGAAAGAGGGCAAAUGGGCAGCCGCCAGAGUCACAACAGUCACCAGUCACUCAACAGUUUGGUGACAAUUUCAUCGAACCACGUGCCGGAGAAUUUUUCAUUAGAACUCACCCAUGCCACCCCUGCUGUUGAGCAGGUCUCUCAGCUUCUUUCAAUGCUUCACCAGGGGCAAUAUCAGCCAAGGCCAAGUUUUCGAGGAAACAAAUAUUCCAGGAGCUAUAGAUAUGCCCUUCAAGACAUGGACAAAUUUAGCUUGAAAGACAGUGGCCGUGGUGACAGUGAAGCAGGGGACAGUGACUAUGAUUUGGGACGAGAUUCUCCAAUAGACAGACUGCUGGGCGAAGGAUUCAGUGACCUGUUUCUUACAGAUGGAAGAAUUCCAGCAGCUAUGAGACUGUGUACAGAGGAGUGCAGAGUCCUGGGACACUCGGACCAAUGCUGGAUGCCACCACUGCCCUCACCAUCCUCAGAUUACAGGAGCAACAUGUUCAUCCCAGGGGAAGAGUUUCCAGCACAACCCCAGCAGCAGCACCUGCACCAGAUUCUUGAGGAUGACAGCCAGCCCACCGAAGCCGGUGAGAAGAAGAAGAGUUUUUCCACGUUUGGGAAGGACUCCCCAAAUGAUGAGGACACUGGGGACCCCAGCACAUCCUCCCUGCUCUCAGAAAUGAGCAGUGUGCUCCAGCGCCUCCUUCCCCCCUCUCUGGACACCUAUACCGAAUGCAGUGAGAUGGAUAGGUCCAACUCCUUAGAACGCCGGAAGGGGCCUGUGCCAGCCAAAACUGUGGGCUACCCACAAGGGGUGGCAGCCUGGGCAGCCAGCACACACUUUCAAAAUCCCACCAACAACUCUGGGCCCCCACUAGGAACUCACUCCAGUGUGCAACCCUCUUCAAAAUGGCUGCCAGCCAUGGAAGAGAUCCCUGAAAACUACGAAGAAGAUGAUUUUGACAAUGUGCUCAACCACCUGAAUGAUGGGAAACAUGAACUCAUGGAUGCCAGUGAGCUAGUAGCUGAGAUCAACAAACUCCUUCAAGAUGUCCGCCAGAGCUAGGAGAUUUUAGCAAAGCAUUUUGGUUCCAUAUAUAUGGAAUUAGGGGACAGAAAAACCCUGACAGAACUGGCACUGCCAAAUAGUUGCAUUUAUCAUAAAUGUGUCUGUGUAUAUUGAAUAUUAAAUACUGUAUUUUCGUAUGUACACAAUGCAAGUGUGAUUAUUUUAAUCUGUAUUUUAAAAAUACAUUUGUACCUUAUAUUUAUGUGUAAUUUAACAAACAAAUUUUAUUUUUUUACUCCCAUGACAGACAUGUCUUUCCUAAUCAUGUAGAAACUAGUCACUGUUUAAAUCUGAUAUAUGAUUCAAUCACAAAGUGUAAAGGUAUUGCUUAGAUUACUUUAGUUGGGCAGAAUUAUCAUGCUUUGUGAAUACCCUCACUAAUGCAUUAUACAAUUAUUUCCAUUUAACGAUCCAACUUCUUUUCCAAUACUUAAAAAAAUUAGCAUCAUUAAAAUGUAAAACUGUUUUCUUUUUAUUAUUUUCAUUGCUCUCUGCUAGCUGUGAUUGUUUGACCUACAGCAAAAUUGAAGAAUGAAAUGAAGUGUUAUUUUAGGACUGGGAAGCAUCUUGAGGAAUAUUUAUGAGAUGACUAUGUCAAAUGAAUUUUUCACAGUCGAUGAUGUAAACAGGACUAAAGUCAAUGUCUCUUGACUCCCACGCCCUUACAGUUGUGGGGCAUUUCACUGGCCUGGUGCUGGAAAUACUUUCCUGCACUGCGUCUACUCAUAAUGAAAGUAAACAAUGAGUUUCAUUCCAUCCUUGUAAUAUGGGAUGGGAUCCAAGGAAACAGAAUCUAUCUUUAAGUGGAUAACAGUAUAUAUCCUAAAAGUAUGAAGUAUUAGUGGACAAGACAGUUAUGUCAGUGUCCCUCCUAGGGUAGCAAACGUAACUGAUUUAUUUCAAAAUCAUUCUGUUUUACUCUUCCCCUUUCCUCCUCUUGCAAUACUUGAAAAUUUUCAUCUUUUGCUUUUUUUUUUUUUGCUAUAACUAUUCACUUUGAGCUCCAUCUCCACUGCAUGGUCUUAUAGUUUUGCUUGUAUUUUUAUUAUAUGAACAUUUAUAAAGUCAUGUUUUUGUUACUGCAAGUUUUUAUUUGUUGUGUGACAAAUGGGAAUUUAUUUAUUGUGCUGUUAUCUCUGUGUGGAAUGCCUUGGUACGAGAAAUUCUUCUUAUGACUAUUAUUGUUUAUGACCAAGCUUCUAUUAGUGCUAUUUCUAUUAAAACACUAUCCUGAUUGUACUCCCCCCAAAAUUUUACUGUCAGUGAAAAUAAAAGAAAAAUUAAAGAAAUGCCAGUGAUCUCUCUGUAAAUCAGCGUCCUGUUCCUAUAUACGUGUUCCAAAGCUUUGUGUGCCCCACACCCUCCCUGACAGGGUGACUCAGUGCUGGGUUUCAAAUGAUAGGGAGGAACAGCCAUUGGCUUGUCAAACAAGGAAAUCACAGUGGAAAGAGAAUGAAUUUGAGAUCUGUCAUAAGAAUCGAAGUAGCUGAUCAUAUUACAACUGGAUUAAAUAUUCUCAAUGCAUUUGCUUAAAGAAUAAGAAAAUAAUGAUGGCUGAAAUAUAUUUCAAAUUACAAAAAAAUUCUUUCUCAGAACAUUAAAUUGUGCAGGAAGAAAAGGCAUCCUUCCAUUCUUUCAAACAGCUUAAAACAUCCUCCUUCCUCCUUCAUGUACCUGCAGGGAAUUGAAAUACUAGGAAAAUGAAGUGACCUAAAGGUGGCUUAAACUGAUAUUUGAGUUCUCAAAUGAGUACUACAUUAAACAGAAUGUAUUAUUUCUUCUAAAAGGUACAUUUUGCCUUCAUGGGAAGGAUUGCAAUUGCAAGUGAAAUUUUAGUUUAUUUUUCAGUAGAUUACAUACACAAAAUUAAGCACAUUUAAAUACAUUUGCCUUUCAAUGUCACUUCAUUUCAGUACCUAUGAUCAUUAGGAAAAGACUUUCAUAACCUCACUGUUCUUAAUUUAAAGCAUUGGCAGUAAUUGAGGAAGCAGAGUUGGAAAUAGAUAGUUUGAAUAAUGUGAAGUCAAUAUAAUGCAGUAUUAAUUUCAAC